AUGGAUACCGGCAGCACACAAUGCCCAGAUGCGCAACAAGGUCCUGCUGCUGGUGGUGGCGCCAUGAGCAGCAGCAGCAGGCGGCAGUCGUCACUUCGUCCGCCCUCCUCCGGCCGCCCCGAGCGGAGUGGCAGUGGCCUUGGAAGCCCGGGAGGCCCGGGAGGCCCGGGGGCCGGUACGGGAGGUGGUGGCGGUGGUGGUGGUGGUGGCGGUGGUGGUGUUAGAGGCGGUCGCGGCCGUCGCUCCUACCAGUACAAGUACCGUGCUGAGGCGGUGCGGGAGGCAUAUCUUAGUGACAAGGAGUCCAGAUUGGCCAGCACCCUGCGUGACGCGCUCAAGUCGCUGUUCUCCGAGCCCCGCCUCCCCGACAACCCCUACUACUACCUCGCCGCGGCCCUGGCGGCCCACGUGGAUCAGUCCCGGCUGUGGAAGGCGACCGCGGCGGACCUGCUGUCGUCGUACGACGUGGAGGGCAGCUUGGAACCGCUGUACGGCGAUUUGCAGCUUUGCAAGAUCUCCAACUUCGGCCAGUGCUUCGGACUGCCCCACGUGCUGAGGGUUGUGUCCAGGGAGGGUUCCUCCUUCCUGUACGACGUUCUGAUCAACAACUUGCCCGAGUGUCUUUUCCGCCCCAGUCCCGUGUUUUCGAGUUACAUUGAUGGGCUGGAAUACAGCCUGCAAACCCUGUGCUCAGUGCAGGGCUCUAGUGCGCUGUGGAAUCCCGCUCUCCUGGAAUUUCCGGAGUUGGAGAUGCGCUGCGAUGUGGUGAUUCGCGGUGGUAAGCUGGAGGAAGCUCUAAAACAGUUUGUGGGUAUGGUGGUGGCGGACGCCCGGGAGUUAAACCAGAUCCCGGUUUACUUCGUGGACGGAGUCACCAUUCGGGACGGGCCGGCGACCAUGCCUAAUCCUGAGAAGGAACCUUUCCGUUUCUGGGUGCCCCUGGAGUCGGUUUUGGAUUCAGCAGGAGAUUUCGAAAAGACUGCCGUACGGCUGGUGCUGGGAGGCAAGGUUCUGACCCUCCACUGUGUUUUGUUGGUGGAGUCCCCCUCCGACCACACCGACCCCAGCUCACGUAAAGUGCUGCGGUACGAGAUGGCGAGAAAGACGUACCUACUGCACUACCACAGUGCACUCACACGUGCCUAUCUACGUACAUCCCCCCAACAAGCAAAUCCCAACUGUCAAGUAACUACACAACUGCCAACUAACAAGACCAGCCUCAUGUUUUUGUCGUUGGAUGCGCUCUGCCCGGUCGCUGAUCAUGGUACGGCAACGGUACGGUAUGGAUGUUACGUGGUAUCGUACAGUGACCUCGAUGCUCGGCCGUCGCUGACGCAGCCCAUGUCACACUUUGGCUGCAACCCGUACGACGCGCUUUACGGCGGUUACUUUUUGGACGUGAGCUCAGCCCGGCAGUACGGCGCCUUAUACAUGAGUACGGACAGGCAGCCAUACCACCGGGACAACCUAGCAAAGCAGGUAUAG